AGCACAGUGCCACGCCCUGUAACAGAGACUGUAGUGGUUCAAGCUGCACCACACCUGUGAUCUAGAGACUUACAGAUUGCACCACACCUGUGAUCUAGAGACUUACAGAUUGUACCAUACCUGUGAUCUAGAGACUUACAGAUUGCACCACACCUGUGAGAAACUUACAGAUUGCACCACACCUGUGAUCUAGAGACUUACAGAUUGCACCACACCUGUGAUCUAGAGACUUACAGAUUGUACCAUACCUGUGAUCUAGAGACUUACAGAUUGUACCACACCUGUGAUCUAGAGACUUACAGAUUGCACCACACCUGUGAUCUAGAGACUUACAGAUUGUACCACACCUGUGAUCUAGAGACUUACAGAUUGCACCACACCUGUGAGAAACUUACAGAUUGCACCACACCUGUGAUCUAGAGACUUACAGAUUGUACCAUACCUGUGAUCUAGAGACUUACAGAUUGCACCACACCUGUGAGAGACUUACAGAUUGCACCACACCUGUGAGAAACUUACAGAUUGCACCACACCUGUGAGAGACUUACAGAUUGCACCACACAUGUGAGAAACUUACAGAUUGCACCACACCUGUGAUUUCCAUCAAAGCUAAAAUGACGAAAUUUUACGCCUGCAUGUUUAUACUGAUACUCUUACCAGCUGGUACCAGUUCGUUUAUGCUGGAGGCGGUGGGCAUACUAGUAGGGGGAGCCGCAACUGCUGUUGUGGCGCCCUUUGCACUGUCGGCUGCUGGGUUCACUGCAGCUGGUAUUACUGCUGGCUCUUGGGCUGCCUCGGCCAUGUCUGCGGCAGCAACUUAUGGAGUUGGUAUGGGACUCGUUUCUACUUUUCAAGCCGCUGGAGCCGCUGGUAUCGGUGUUGCGACGGUAGGAGCAGGUAGUGUCGCCGGUGGUAUCGUUGGACACGCAGCGAGUCAUGUAAAAGAGAGCAGUCAGAAAUAAAAUUAAAACUGCUAGGCUGCUUUAAUUUGAUAUUUUGAUUUAAGGAACGUUGAGCCAACAUUUUCUGUAGUUUAUUUUUAGUAGGUCCUACAAAUUAAAAGCUAACAAAAAUAAAAAAAAUAAAAAAUUACAUAAAAAAAAAACAAGAGGUCAAGGUUAUGAUACAAAUAACAGAAGAUCGAAUACAUCCUGGAAGAACUCCGUGUUUUAGGUGCACUAAUCGUUAUGCUGCUCAUGUCCGCAUGAGCAAAGUAAUGAAACUACGUGUACUCGGUAACACAGGGAAAAUACUUUCUUAACAUUUUCGUGCACACGAAGAUGCAGAAAGGAUUUGAAAAAAAAUAUUUAAAAAAAUAAUCGAUCUAUAUUCUUUGUAUCUGGAAACUAUCUUUACAACAAUAACAAUAGGCUAAAAUAUACUUUUAAAUUUUGUAUAGCAAUCAUUUUGUACUGUUAUGUUUAAAUUAAUUAGUUUAAGAAAUGAAUUGAUUUUUAUUAAUAUAAAAAUGUUUGAAAUAUUUUAUAACAUUUGUAUUAAGUGCUCUUGUAAAUAUUUAGCUUUUUAAAUUUGACAAUAGUUUUUCUCAUUUUAAAAAUCGAUUGUUACACAACUCGGACUAAAAAAAAUAGCUAUAGAUUCCAAUUUGUUUUUGUCUCAGUAGUUUUAAACAUGUGUAAAUUAGAUGCACAAUGUAGCAAAUAAAAAUUAUUAAAAAAAAAAAAUUCAUAAAAAAC